AUGGAGACACAAUCAAAUAGGCCGCAUAGGCCGUCGAAAGAGAAGAAACAACCGAAAAAGGGCGAAAAGAACGUCAAGGCCUUCGCCGUCGCCAGACCAGGGCGACUGGCCAAGCAGGCCGUGCGGUCGAGCGACAUCAAGGAGAAGCGCCUCCAUGUGCCCCAGGUCGACCGCAUACCCGAAGAAGCGCCUCCUAUCGUCGUCGCUGUCGUCGGGGCCCCCGGCGUUGGGAAGACGACCCUCAUUAAAAGCCUGAUCCGGCGAUACGCAAAACAGACACUAUCACACCCGACCGGCCCUCUGACCGUGGUGACCUCGAAGCGACGACGUCUCACCUUCCUCGAAUGUCCCUCCGACUCCCUCGCCGCCAUGAUUGACGUCGCCAAGAUCGCCGACAUCGUCCUCCUUAUGAUCGACGGCAACUACGGGUUCGAGAUGGAGACGAUGGAGUUCCUCAACGCCCUGAGCGUCUCGGGCAUGCCGGGCAACGUCUUUGGCAUCCUCACACACCUGGACCUGUUCAAGAAGCAGAGCACGCUGCGCGCGGCGAAGAAGAGGCUAAAACACCGGUUCUGGUCCGAGCUGUACCACGGGGCAAAACUGUUCUAUCUCUCUGGCGUGAUCAACGGACGGUACCCGGACCGCGAGGUCCACAAUCUGUCGAGGUUUCUCUCCGUCAUGAAGAAUCCGAGACCCCUGAUAUGGAGGAACAGCCACCCAUACUGCCUUGCAGACAGGUUCCUGGACGUGACGCCGCCCACGGAGAUUGAAGAGAACGAGAAAUGCGACAGACAAGUGGCCCUCUACGGCUAUCUCCGAGGCACAAACUUUCCAGCGGAGGGUGCGCGGGUCCACGUCCCGGGCGUGGGAGACUUGACGGUCAGAGAAAUCGAAGCCCUGCCCGACCCCUGCCCGACACCCUUCCUCGACCAGGCCAUCGCCAAAGCGACAGGCAAGGCCCACCGAAGGAAGCUGGGCGAGAAACAAAAGGUCCUUUUCGCACCCAUGUCUGACGUGGGUGGUGUUUUGGUGGACAAAGAUGCCGUCUACAUAGACGUGAAGACGAACACUUUCGACCGGGAUGCAGAAGAUGCAGAGGAGAGGGGACUCGGUGAACAGCUCAUGAUGAGUCUACAAUCGGAGCGGAAGUUACUUGGACAGGCAGACAGAGGUGUUCGGCUUUUUCAGGGCAGUCGACAGCUCACGGCAGAUGAGGCUGCAGAAAACGACACUGGCCGAAAGACGAAAAGGGGAAUACGUGCGUUUGGUGACAAGAGUGAUUUCACCAAAGAUGUGGAAGAAGAUGAAGACGAGGGCUUUGUCAGCGGAGAGGACGAUAGCGAAAUGGAUGAAGAGACCAACGACUUCCCCGGGCAUACAGGUCGACCAGGCUUCGUCGCAGCAGAUGAGUCCGCCGAGCGUGAGGGCGAGGACGAUGUUGCUUUUGCCGAGAGCGACUCCGACAUGGGCUCCGUUUCUGGCGACGAGGAUGGUAGCGUCGAUCUCUCCGCCGAUGAGCUUGAGGGCUCUGAAGACGGUGAAGAAGACGAGGACGAGGAUGAGGACGAUGGCGGUCUACGUUGGAAAGAGAAUCUUGUUGAAAGUGCCCGAAAGUUGCACGCCAACAAGGCUGCUUUCCGAGCUGCCGACCUCUCCAGAUUAAUGUACGACCUCACACUAUCCCCCUCGCAGGUAAUCUCGAAAUGGUCAGGGCAAAACGCGGACGAGCACAUGGCCGCCGGCGAGGAUGAUGAGGACGACAACUUCUUCAAGAAAGCAAAAACUGAUCAGGAGACUACCCUCGAGGACCGACAAACGCCCAGGUACGACUAUGACGCGUUAGCUGAGAAAUGGGAAGAUGAGGAGCAAAUCCAGUCACUCAAGCCCCGCUUCACCAAAGUUUCAAAUGCCACUGGAGCCAAUGCAGAUUCAGAAAACGAAGGCGAUGACGCUGAGGUGUCUGAAGACGACGAGUCUGAUGAAGGAGACGGCGAAUUCGAAGAUCUAGAGGCAGCAGCGGACGAAGAUCCUGAAGCUACAGCCGAGCUAACCCUGGAGGAGGAGCGAGCUCAGAACGCCAAACGCAAAGAAGAACUGAAGUUACGCUUCGAGGAAGAAGACCGAGAAGGGUUUGCUAAUGCUGCAAAGAAGGAUAUCGAAGCGACAGAGCAAGAGUUUGGCGAGGAUGAAUGGUACGACGCGCAAAAAGCGAUGCUCCAGAAACAACUCGACAUCAACCGCGCAGAGUUUGAUAGCCUUGACCCCGUGUCGCGAGCUAGAGCCGAGGGAUUCAAAGCCGGCACCUAUGCGCGGAUAGUGUUGGACAAAGUGCCCUACGAAUUCGUGCGGUCGUUCAAUCCGAAACUUCCUGUCAUAAUCGGUGGACUGGCGCCGACCGAGGAUCGAUUUGGAUUUGUGCAAGUUCGCAUCAAGCGACAUCGGUGGCACAAGAAGAUUCUCAAGACGAACGAUCCGCUCAUCUUCUCGCUCGGCUGGCGGCGAUUUCAGACAUUGCCGCUGUAUUCGAUAUCUGACUCGCGGACUCGCAAUCGAAUGCUGAAAUAUACCCCGGAGCAUAUGCACUGCUUUGGCACCUUCUACGGACCACUUGUUGCCCCGAACACUGGGUUUUGCUGCGUGCAAUCUUUUUCAAACGCGAAUCCCGGGUUCAGAAUAGCGGCCACCGGAGUGGUGCUGAACGUCGAUGAGACCACCGAGAUCGUCAAGAAGCUAAAGUUAACCGGGCAUCCAUACAAGAUCUUCCGCAACACGGCCUUUAUUCGCGAUAUGUUCAACUCAUCUCUCGAGAUUGCGAAAUUUGAGGGAGCCAGCAUCCGCACUGUUUCUGGGAUUCGGGGGCAGAUCAAGCGGGCACUUAGUAAGCCGGAAGGGCAUUUUCGAGCGACGUUCGAGGACAAGAUUCUCAUGUCUGAUAUUGUCUUCUUGCGAGCAUGGUAUCCCGUCAAGCCACAUCGGUUUUACAACCCAGUCACCAAUCUCCUAGAUGCACCUCCUACAGGCAAUGCAGCUGCUGGGGAAGGACAAGGUGUCGAUGAUGGGUCCAGUGAAUGGCAGGCGAUGCGUUUGACGGGCGCCGUGCGAGCAGCAAUGGGAAUACCAACUCCACUCGUGAAGGAUUCAGCAUACCACAAGAUUGAACGACCAACUCGGCAUUUCAACCCGCUGCGGGUGCCCCGGACUCUGGCUGCGGACCUCCCAUUCAAGUCGCAAAUCACACAACAAAAGGCACGCAAAGCACCAACCUACCUCCAGAAACGAGCAGUUGUGCUGGGUGGAGAGGAGAAGAAGGCGCGUGAUCUCAUGCACAAGCUGCAGACGUUGCGGAACGAAAAGGCCGAGAAGAGGGCGAAGAAGCAGGAGGAGAGACGGGCGAUCUAUCGCAAGAAGGUUGCCGAGAACAUGGAGAAGAAGGAAGAGCGGGAGAAGAAAGAGCGAGACGAGUAUUGGCGACGAGAGGGUCGGAAGCGAAAGACGAACGAAGGGAGUGGCGGAGGAGGAAAACGAUCAAGGCGAUGA